GUUGUCAAUUUUGUAAACAAUCAUUUUCGAACGUGUGUUGCCAAGAGACAUCUAACCGACGUUUUAUGGAACGUUUUCUAUGCGAAAACAACAACUUUGCUGCUGACAACACACUUGUUUGAUUUUUGAGACCUGAGAACAAUCGACUGGAAAAUGCCUGGGUGCUUUUCAAGACUGGCGGAGAGAGUGCGUGGACGUCGGCGGACUAAUGCGUCGACAGGUUGUUCAAAUUCAUUUGUGGCUUGUUUUUCUUGUUUUUUUCUGUUUUGCAGGGUUCGUGAUCGUCGACAGGUGGACAGCGACAGCGACUUCGAAGAGGAAACAACUGUCCUGGAUGAGGUCCAGUUGGAUGUGCCAUUGAAUGAUGUACCAGAUGUUCCACAGCUGCCAGUCCUCCUUGAUGUCCAGAAUGCUGCUAUCAUCCUUGAGGAGGUGCCAGAUGUGCAGACUAUCCUUGAGGAGGCCACUGGCAAUUGGCAGUUGAUUCUGAUUAGGUUCAGCCCCCUGUACUGUGGGCCUGUUGUGAUCAGGAACAAUGCCGGUCCGGUGGUUAAAGCUUGGAGAACUUUCCAGUUCAUCAGCCCCAUCAUCACCUACAUGCGUGGGGGAUCCCAGCAGGUGGUGGUGAGGAUGCACCACAUGAGUAGGGUGAGAGGCCUGGAGACUCAACUGGUGUGGGCCAUCUCCAAGGAGACAGCCAGGCUUAGUCCAGAGGACAUCCCCUACUGUGCCACCAAAGUGCAGUCCAUCACUUGGAUCCAGCGUGUGGCUGGCAGGGUGACCCACUUCGCGUCUCACCUCCGCCACGAGACGUCUGUGGACGUGACGCUUGGCUGCAACCAGCAGACUGAUGUCUCAGUGGUGUACGCCACUCUCCACAUGGGGCUGGACGGGUUUCUCUCCUCUUCAGCGUGGUCGGAGGCUGCCUCCUUCUCUACGCCCACCACUCAGCAGUUCACUGACCCAGAGCCUGAGGGCCACAACUGCUAUGAGGGCUGGGAGGAGGACCUGCUGCCUGAGGAGAGGGAGGUUCCUCUGCUAAACCUCUACCUUACUACCAAGAGAGUGGAGGACAUCGCCCUGAGGCUCGUCUCCCUGCGCCAGGCCUUCACUACCCUGCUUGGUUCCACCCUGAGCAGGAACCAUCUGUUUGUGGCGGGAAAGGUCCUCCUGGGCGCCCUUGUUCAGGCCAACCACAUGGACGAGGCCAAAUUCAUCCGUACCUAUAACGACUUUGUGGACUACCUGAGUGACCCCUCCAAGCGGAAUGACAUUGAGAGGGAGCUGGCUGAGGCAAAGAUACAUCAUGUGAACAUGAUAGAUGUCCUCUUUGAGCUGGUGCUGUUUGGGUUGAUGACAGCUCAGAAGUCCCUGAUGGUGCACCCUGGUGGGUUGGUGGAGCGUCUGUACGCUCUCCUGUACUCCUUCCUGCCCACUGCUGCCAACAUGGAGCCAGAGGCUGACAGAUACCUGCUGCUGCUCAAUGUAAGAGUCAAGAGGUUACUUCCUGUUUCCUUCCAUAUUCUUAGUGUACUUCCUGUUUACUUCCAUAUUCAUGGUUAACCAGGUUCCAAUGCCAUUUUAGGGGGAGUAUUUCUAAUUGUCUCUCUCCUCUUGAUAAGCUAGUAACUCAGAGCCAUUUUCUAUGUGUUGUGUGGUGUUCUCUUCAGGGCGGACUGAUGGCUCUGCUAGAUGACAUGUUUGGCCAGCAGCUGGCCUGGUACUUUAACCCAGAGUCUCUGGUCACUGAGCUCUCCAGCCUCCUGGAGUACCACUUGGAGAGCCUCAUGGCCAGCAUGUAGUCCUACUGCAGGGACCAUACUCCUUUCUCCUUCUCUCUCUCUUUUGAAGGAAUUGAGGACUUGAAGUGCUUUGUUGAACCAUGAUUAGUUAACACCCAUGAAUUUAAUGUAUUCUCUUGUUUUCUCUCCCCACAGGAUUCUUGUGACACUUUGCCACCCAACAGGGAUCUAGACACCAAUGCACUACAUUACUUUGCACUGAAUUUGACAUUUUUAAAUAAAA